GGAGCUGCCGCCCCCGCCGCCGCCGAUUCCCGAGCCUGGGUAGCUGGUGCCGCCGACCCCGCCGCCGCCGCCGCGCUGCCUGCGGAGCGGGCUUGGGAAGGAAGCGGCCGUAGCCCUCGGAGCUUCGUUCGGAAGCGCUUUGCCUCCUGCAGCCCUCCACAGAAUGACCGUGGAUAAAAGUGAGCUGGUACAGAAAGCCAAGCUUGCCGAGCAGGCUGCGCGCUAUGAUGAUGUGGCUGCAGCCACGAAGGCCGUCACGGAACAGGGGCACGAGCUCUCCAGUGAGGAGAGAAAUCUGCUCUCUGUCGCCUGCAAGAAUGUGGUAGGUGCCCGCCACUCUUCCUGGCAUGUCAUCUCCAGCAUGGAACAGAAAACCGAGAGGAAUGAGAAGAAACAGCAGAUGGGCAAAGAGUACCGUGAGAAGAUAGAGGCGAAACUGCAGGACAUCUGCAACGAUGUUCUGGAGCUGUUGGACAAGUAUCUUAUUCCCAGUGCUAGGCAACCAGAAGUGAAAGAAUCCAGACUGCUCUGUGUGCACGUUGGAACUACAAAGAGAAAGGAGCCUUCCCCAGAGAGGUGCUUGCAGAAAACAACUGCCUUUGCCUCUCCCACCAUGGCUUUGGAAAUUCUGUACAACAAGAUCAUUACCAAAAACAAAACAGAAAAUUACUCAUGAGGAUGAGUUUUGUUGUCAACUGCUGCUGAUUCAUUUCUUUCAAUGACAGAACUGGCCAAGAGUUUGGUUUCAGUUUCUAACAAAAAGUUACCUGUUUGUAUGUUCAUCUUCAUUCUCCAUUAAGAAAAAUCUCACAGGAUUUGGUGCCUUCAGUUCCAAGAUGAUUCCUGAUCUAGAGGUGCUUCAGACAACUUGAAAUUGACCCUUAGAGCAGGCACAGUGCACACACAUCCAUUGCCCUGGGAAAUUAUAGAUGAGUUGAGAGAUCUGUGGUUAAAUCAGUAGCCAAAAAGCCAUAAUUCCAUUAAUCCUAUACAGCCUGCAAAAUGAAGAGUGAGACCUCACAGCAGUAUCAAGAAUGUACGGGGACUUGAGCUGGCCAGAAAUGUUGCCACCCCCCCACCUUGCUUCUCAACAGUUGGAGGCUCAUGUAGAAACUCUGCAGCAUAUCACUGUUGCCCACAGUUAACAGGGUUGACCAGUGUUCUGCAUUCUUACCCAUUCCAUCUUGGAUUGUUCAUCAUGUGGGUGUUCUCAGUCCCCCCA